AUGGUUAAAUGGCUUGAAUUUGUUGUACAAAAAGAGAUUGGGUCAUUUGAAAGAAUUAAUGGUCUAAUUCUUAUAAGAUUUAUUGAAGAAAUAUCACAUUCAAAGUGUAAAUUCCCAUACCCCAAAAUCAUUAAAACUCCAUUCCAGUCUAUGGAAGCUGCAAAUGUUUUAAUUAACUUUUGUAAUCAAUUGGGAAUUGGGUUUGGAGGUUCUGCAGAAGACAUAUUUAAAAAUGAUGAAAAAAUGAUGUUAGCAUUCUUUACUAUUAUUGCUCAAAAAUACCUUAAAUUAAAAAGAACUGACAUGGAAGAAGUCACAACUUGGAUUGAACGAAUAACGGAAUGGAAAUGUUUAAAUUAUACAAAUGACUGGAUUGAUGGGAGAAUGAUUAAAUUGAUAUUAGGACCAGAAGAUCCAUUAGGAAAAAUGAAAGAGUUUGGUGUUGUAGAAGUUGUUGAACGAAUUGAAGAUGUAGGUGUUGAUGAACUGACAACAAUGAUGUUAAUUAGAAGAUUGUAUGAAAAGAAAGAAAAGAUUGAAUUAUAUCAUGCACAACGCGAAGACUGGGAUGAAAUUAGACAACAAUUUGAUGAACAAAGAAAACAAGAUGCUUUAAAUUAUGCCCUUGGCAUUACAGACAAUAAACCAUCACCAAUGUAUACCAUUAACUCUCCCUUUAAAAAAACAAUGAGAAAGGAACAAAACAUUCCUGAAAAAGAAACUGUUCAAGUCACAAAAGUCAUUAACAUAGAACACAAACAAGAAGAAUUCGCUCUAGAAAACCAAACUACUAAUCAGAUGAAACGAAAUAAUAAAAUAAUAAGUCAACAAGAAGAAAAUAAAAAUGAUAGGGAAGAUGACUUUGAUAAAGAUAUGAAAUUCGUAAAUGAAACUGAAGAAGUUAGACUUCAGAAACUAAAAGAAAAACUAGAAAAAGAAAAGAAAGAAAGAAAGAUAAGAGAACAACAACUAUUUCAGAAAGAAGAAGAAGAAAGAAAAAAGCAAGAAGAAGAAAGAAAAAAGCAAGAAGAAGAAAGAAAAAAGCAAGAAGAAGAAGAGAAGAGAAAACAAGAAGAAGAGAAGAGAAAACAAGAAGAAGAAAGAAAAAAGCAAGAAGAAGAAGAGAAGAGAAAACAAGAAGAAGAGAAGAGAAAACAAGAAGAAGAAAGAAAAAAGCAAGAAGAAGAAGAAAGAAAAAAACAAGAAGAAGAGAAGAGAAAACAAGAAGAAGAAAGAAAAAAGCAAGAAGAAGAAGAGAAGAGAAAACAAGAAGAAGAAAGAAAAAAGCAAGAAGAAGAAGAAAGAAAAAAACAAGAAGAAGAACUAUGGCUAAGGAGACUGAACGAACUUGCAGAUGAAAAGAAUACAGCAACACCAGAAAAAAGUAUUCUAACAAAAGAAAAAAUUAUUGACAGAGAAAAAAUGAAAAAGUCAAAGAAAAACAGUCGAAUCGAAACAGAAGAUGAACAGAGAAGACUCAAAAUAUUAGAGCUUAAAUUGCAUAGGGAAGCUGAAGAAAGAAGAAAACGAGAAAAUGGAAUUAAAGACCCAGAACCAGAAUUUGAUAUAGAGCUAUCUGUUUCUACUUGUGGUCAAACAAAAUUACCUUCUAUUGUUUCUAUAGAUAAAGAACAGUCAACAGGAGAUUUUAAAGACGACAAAACAACUCAGCUAGACAAAGAGAAAAAAAGAACAAGUUCUUUAGACUUAACCACUCAGUUAGAUUCUUCUUCCAUUGUAAAUAAUAUGUCAGAUGAAAGUGGACUUGAAAAGUCAAAAAAUUCAAACAGUGAGUUAAAAAUAAGUUCUGACUCUGAAACAAAUAGAAUCCCUUCAAAUGAAGUUAAGAGCACUUCUCCAACUCAAAAACAAGUGAUAGAACAAAAUUCAAGAGGUUCUCCUCUUUCAAAAUCCCCAGACACUCACAGUACUAACCAAAGUAACAAUAGUUUAAAUUCUAAUCACAUUAACGGUCUAUUAUAUUCACAAUACUCUUCAACUCAAUCAACAGCACGAACUGAUAACUCUAUUAGUUCAGUGCCUCAAAAAGAUUUAAGUAAAGGAGGUGAUGAAAUUAAAGACUCUGACCAAUUAAUUGGUUCAGGAAAAGCCUCACAUCAACUAACCCAAACUCUUGAACCUAUCAAAGAGAAUGAUGAACAACCAAUAACCAAAAAGAAAUCAUACGAACAAGGUGAGGGUACUGAGUCUAAUGACCUUAAUAAAAAAAUUGAACAAGCAGAUCAGUCAGACUAUGAAAAACAAGAAUUAACUCGCAAAAAACAGGAAGAAGAACAAAAGAGAAUUGAGGAUUUGCAUGAGAUAAAAAGACAACGACAAGCCACAUUAGACAUUGAAGGUAAACAUCAACAAGGAGAAGUUAAAGUCAUGAGCCAACCAUUUGUAUUAGACCGUGAACAUCUUUUAUCUGAUAAAGCAAGUGGUUUGAUGGAUUAUUAUUAUCAAAGACUAAAGUCCUGGAUUGGUCUUGAAAAAUAUAAGAUUAUUUUGAAUGAAAAAGUAACCAGUUUAACAAACGAACGAAUUAACAGAACUGUAUGUGGGCAAACAAACAUUAUGGUAAUUAUAAUCACAACAGACUGCUAUAUCUUUGGAUCGUAUAAUUCAUUACAAAUACCAAAUGCUCCUCAAAAGAAAUAUAAAUACCUUAUGAAUGAUCCAGAAUUCUUUAUCUUUUCCUUAAAAGGAUAUAACUUAUAUGAUAGCCCCAAAAAAUUCAUGAGAAAAAAACCAGGAAAAACUUCUUGUGUUUGGGCAAGUUCUCAGAAUAAGGUUCUUUAUUCAGUUAAACGAUUUUAUAAAUUAAACAAAAUGUCAGCUUCUUUAUUCACUAAAAAAAUUGCAAUUGAAUAUAAUGAUGUUCCUGAAAUGAAACAUUUAUAUUUCACGGGAUCUGUCAACUUUGCUAUUGGCAGAAUGAUAAUAUCUCAAUGGAAUUAA